AUGGGACUCAUGUCCGGAAUUGUCCGUGCAGCUUUGAUGGGCAGCCGCUUGAUGCAGUUUGCCUGUGCUGGUAUCGUUCUUGGAGUCUCUGGUUACUUCGUCAAUCGUUAUGAAACCAAUGGCCAUCUCAAAUAUUUUAUAAUUAUUGCCUCUCUAUCAAUUUUCUUCUUCCUUCCAGGCCUGCUCUCGCCUAUAAUCAGGACACUAGGAUUUAUGACUUUCUUCAUAGACCUCAUUUUCUCCUAUCUGUGGUUGACUGCCUUCAUAUUUGCCGUACAAGACUACAGCAGGAGUGAUUGUGCCAACAAUACGCCCCGAGGUGGACAAUGCAAGUACAAGAGGCUUAUUGAAGCCUUCACCAUAGGAGCAAUGUGGUUCUGCAUCUGUUCCCUAGUCCUAGAGGUAAUGAACGUCAUGAGCCAUCACCGCGAGAAGAGCUCGUAUGAUGGUGGUCAUCAUAAGGAGAUGCGUCGGUCUGGUGAUACAGCCCGCAAUGAUACGUAUGGGCGGCAUAUCUAA